AUGUCCCACAUCAUCCUCAUCACCGGUGCGUCGGGGUACUUAGGCGGCAGCCUGCUCGCGGGAUGGUCGUCGGCCUCCCUGCCCCCGUACAAGCGGGUGCUAGCGCUGGUCCGCACGGACGAGCAAGCGGCGGCCGUGACACGGGAGUACGGCCGCGUGGCGGAGCCCAUCCGCUUCGACACGCGGGACGAGGCGGCCGUGCGCAAGGCGGUGGUCGACAACAGCAUCACGAUCGUGUAUUUUCUGAUCGACGCCAUGAAGGCCACGACGCAGGGAUACUUCCUCCGCGCCCUGGCGGAGGUCAAGCGCACCACCGGGAGCGAGGUGCAUUUCUUGCAUACCAGCGGCGCAAAGAUCUUCUCCAGCCAUGCCGGGGCCCCGACGGAUCGACCACUCCUGGACACGCAGGCGGACCUGUACGAGAUCCAGAAGGGACAGAAAGCACCCAUCCCGCUGAUGCAGUCGGCCGUCGACACCAACAACCAAGUCAUCGAAAUGGCCGAGUCGCUCGGCGUGCACAGCUACAUCUUUGUGCCUUGCAUCGUGUACGGCCGAGGCGAAGGAUUCGGGAACCGCAUCUCGAUUCAGACGGUGGCCAUCGUGCAGGCGGCACGGGCACUACGGCGAGUGUAUAGCGUCGACGAGGGACGUCCAUCCUGGCCCGUAUGCCACGUGCGCGACAACACGACGCUCUACCUCGCGCUGCUGCGCGGUAUUCUGAGUGGGGACGGCGAACGCAGACCCGGCAGCGGCAAGCACGGCUACUACCUCGCGUCCUCGGGCCACGUCGCGUGGGAAGACCUGUACGCGGCGAUGGCCAAGGCGCUGGCUGCGCGCGGGGUGGUCGACCAUGCCUAUGCUUCUACUAUUGAACAGGCCACGGAGGACACGCUCGAGGCCAUGGGCAAGGCGCUGGGAUGUCCCAAGGAGCUGGUCGCGAUGCAGGUGGGCGGACGAUGUACCUUCACCCCGCGCCACGGGGCGGAAGCUCUCGGCUGGAAAGCCCAGUACCCGGCGGACCACAUUCUCGACACGGCAGGUGAAGAAGUCGAUCUGAUUCUCGAGACUUUGGGGAGUAGUUGA